CCCUCAGGAUCACCCUCCCUGUGGGGGCUUUGAGCACGCGUGCUGCCGUCAGACUCAGGUCUUACCCUACCUUUAGGCGUGACUGGACCGCUUCUGUGUCUGAGGGAAGAUCAGAAGGUUAACCGGGCCCAGUGAGGAGUGUUAAUCCAUGACUUCUGGCCUGUCACCAUGGCGUACAGAUCACGCUUUUCCUUCUGGGAGCAAAAGGCAAAAGUUGAGAACAAGCCUGAAUCUGAUAGUCAGCCUCAGGCAGCUACUAAUCCUGGUCCAGACACAAUUAGUGGUCCACCAGUGACUGCAGCAUCAGCUGAAGGGUCCAAAAGUAACGCUGCCAUGGGAGGACCGGACUCUCCUGAGCAGGAGGAAAGCACUGGCAGCAAAAAGGUGGUACGUGUUGUAAGGAGAGUUGUUAGACGGGUGGUUCCUACUGGAACAGAGGAGCAGAGCCAGCCCACAUCCUCUACACCUGCACCAGGUACAAGUCUAACAAAAACAAAAGCUGCCGGGGAUGAGAAGGAUGAUCUAUCUGCGGGAUUGACCAGUUUAAUGGGCAGAGUCAGAACCAAGGAGCACCGACCUCGCACCCGCACUCAGGACCGCAAAGAGGAUGCAAAAGAAGAGGUCAAGCAGCAAGAGGUGGAGGAGAAAGGAAAGAUAGAGGAGGAGGAGAGAAAACCAGCUGUUGAAAAACAAGAGGAGGUUUCCUCUGUUAGUGCAACUCCAAACCCUGUGCCCCCAAAGGCAAACCCACUCAGUCCUCCUGCUGGUUUUAUACCCCCUCCCAAAGCAAAUCCUCUGGCACCACCUGCUGGUUUCAUCCCUGCACCCAAACAAAAUCCAUUGACUCCUCCACCUGGUUUUAUCCCCGCCAAAGUGACCAGCCCAGCACCUCCCAAACAAAAUCUCCUGGCAAGACCUCCAGGAUUUAUUCCUCUCCCAAAGAGCGAUCCACUGGCUCCUCCUGCUGGCUUCAUCCCAAAGCCUCGUCUGUUUGCUGUAAAGAAACCAGAGGUAAAAGAGACGGUUUCCCCUUUGGCGACCAAUGCUAAACCAUCCCCUGCUGGAAAGGAAAACUCUACUGCAAAGGCUCCAGAGCUGAUUCCGUCUGAGGAAGACCAUCACCGUGUCAGGAAGAUCUUCAUGUUUGAUGGCAAUAAUUCCAACCUUGUUGAGGACCCUGUGGCCAUCCUUCAGGCUUCACACUCAGCUGCAACCAAGGUGAAGACAGAGGAGCAGUUAAAAGCAGAGAAGGCCUGGUAUGAAACAGAAAAAGUAUGGCUUGUCCACAAAGAUGGAUUUUCCUUGGCCACUCUCCUGAAAACGGAGGAAGGCAGCCUGCCAGAGGGGAAGGUAAAAAUCUGCCUGGAUAGUGAUGGAUCGUUAUUGGACGUGGAUGAAGAUGAUGUAGAGAAGGCAAAUCCACCUCUGUUUGACCGAGUGGAGGACUUGGCCUCUCUGCAGUAUUUGAACGAGUCAAGCGUGAUGCAUUCACUGAGGCAGCGGUACGGCAGCAACCUCAUGCACACCCACGCCGGACCCAGCAUGGUGGUCAUUAACCCAAUUAGCGCCCCUUCUAUGUAUUCUGAGAAGGUCAUGCAGAUGUUUAAGGGCUGCAGAAAAGAGGACACUGCUCCUCAUAUUUACAGCAUGGCGCAGGCUGCCUAUAGGAGCCUCCUUACUACUCGCCAGGACCAGUCCAUUGUCCUGCUUGGCAAGAGUGGAAGUGGCAAGACCACCAACUGCCAGCAUAUCCUCCAGUAUCUCGUUACUAUUGCUGGAAGCACCAACAAAACAUUCUCCACAGAGAAAUGGCAGGCUGUAUAUACAGUGUUGGAGGCUUUUGGGAAUGCUUCCACGUCCCUUAAUGGGAAUGCAAGUCGCUUCUCCCACAUCGUUUCCCUGGAUUUUGACCAGGCAGGCCUGGUGACCUCAGCCUCUAUCCAGACGAUGCUUUUAGAGAAAAUGAGGUUGACAAGGAGACCAGAGGGGGAGUCCACUUUUAAUGUGUUUUACUACCUGAUGGCUGGAGUGGAUGGUGCUUUAAGAACUGAGCUGCACCUCAACCACUUUGCUGACAACAAUGCAUUUGGAAUCCUGCCACAGACCAAGGCAGAGGAUAAGCAGCGGGCCUCUCAGCAGUUUUCCAAACUGCAAGUAGCCCUGAAGGUCCUUGGGAUCAGCACGGAUGAGCAGAGGGCCCUCUGGCUGGUUCUUGGGGCCAUCUACCAUCUGGGAGCCGCUGGAGCUACAAAGACUGGCAGGAAACAAUUUGCACGUCACGAGUGGGCCCAGAAGGCAGCCUACCUGCUGGGCUGCACCCUGGAGGAGCUUUCCUCCUCCAUCUUCAAGCAUCAGGCCAAGGGCACCCUGCCCAGACCCGGCACUAUCCGCCAGGCUUCAGAGGAAAAUGGCUCAGCAGAUGCAGGAUCCAAAUCCACAGCGAUGGAGUGUCUGGAAGCAAUGGCGUGUGGGCUUUACUCUGAAGUCUUUGCAGUCGUAGUUUCAUUGAUAAACAGGGCCUUGAAAUCCAGCCAGCACUCCAUGUGCUCUCUGCUCAUUGUGGACACACCGGGCUUUCAAAACCCGAGGCUUGCUAAACGCGAGAGCGGCGCAACCUUUGAAGACUUGUGCCACAACUACACUCAAGAACGCUUGCAGAGCCUCUUCUACCAGCGCACCUUUGUUCAGGAGCUGGAACGAUACAAAGAGGAAAACAUUGAACUCGCCUUAGAAGACACUGAACCCAGCACUUCCCUUUCAGUGGCGGUGAUAGACCAAACCUCAAGCCAUGCAAUUGUGCGUACAGUUCGAACAGACGAGGCACGGGGUCUUCUGUGGCUGAUGGAGGAAGAGGCGCUGCAGCCAGGAGGAUCACCUGAAACACUUUUAGGACGUCUCUUCAGCUACUAUGGACCAGCUGAGGGAGAGAGUAAAGGUCACACAUUUCUUCUGAGGAGUGAGAAGGAGAAUCACUUCCUGCUGGGUCACAGUCAUGGAACUGACUGGGUGGAGUAUGAUGCCCGUGAAUGGUUGAACUAUGCCAAGCAGAACCCUGCCUCUACCAAUGCAAUAAGCCUUCUGCAGGAAUCCCAAAAGAAGAUAAUCAGCUCCUUGUUCACGAGCCGAGCAGGUGGUGCUGUGGUGCUGUCCGGGUCUGUUGCCGGUCUUGAGGGCGUUUCCAACAUGUCUCUACGCAGGGCAUCCAGCAUGAGGAAGACUUUCAGCACAGGAGUUGCUGCAAUAAAGAAGAAGUCCUUGUGUAUCCAAAUAAAGCUCCAAGUGGAUGCCCUUCUUGACAUAUUGCGGAGGUCCAGGAUUCACUUUGUUCACUGCAUAAUGCCCAAAGCAGACGCUCUAAGGGCUCUUAGUGGAUCUCUGUUCAAAGGAGGGGACUCUGAGGCUCAAGGGGAGACCGGAGAUCCUGGCUUAAUGCAGCUAGAUGUGGCCCUGCUUCGUGCUCAGAUACGUGGAUCCAAGCUGCUUGAUGCCCUACGGAUCUACAGGCAAGGUUACCCUGAUCACCUGGUAUUUUCUGAGUUCCGACGGCGCUUUGAUGUGCUGGCCCCACACCUCACCAAGAAGCACGGCAGGAAUUACAUCGUAAAGGAUGAGAAACGAGCUGUGGAGGAGCUGUUGGAGUCCCUGGAUCUGGAGAAGAGCAGCUACCACAUGGGUCUGAGUAGGCUGUUUUUUAGAGCUGGGACUUUGGCUAAGCUGGAGGAACAGCGGGAUGAGCACACCAAGCGUAAUCUCACCCUGUUCCAAGCUGCUUGUAGAGGUUACCUUGCACGGCAGGCUUUCAAGAAGAGAAAGAUUCAGGACCUUGCAAUCAGGUGCAUUCAGAAAAACAUAAAGAAGAACCGUGGUGUGAAGGGCUGGCCGUGGUGGAAACUCUUCACUACAGUUCAGCCGCUUAUUAAAGUCCAACUCACCGAGGAGCAGAUGAAAAGCAAAGACGAGGAGAUACAGCAGCACAAACUGAAGCUGGAGAGGGUGGAGAAAGAGCGAAAUGAAUUGAGACUGAACACAGAUCGAUUGGAGAGCAGGAUUGCAGAGUUGUUGGCUGAGCUCGCUGACGAGAGGAGCACCAGUGAAUCAGCUUCCCAGUUGCUGGAAACUGAGACUUCAGAGAGACUCCGCCUGGAGAGGGAUAUGAAGGACUUACAGGUUAAGUUUGAUGCCAUGAAAAAACAAAUGGAGUCCCAGGAAAUGGAGCUUAUGGAAGCACGUCUUACAAAAGCAUCAGAGCUCAAUGGGGAGGUGGAUGACGAUGAUUCUGGAGGCGAGUGGCGGAUAAAAUACAAUCGAGCCAUUCGGGAAAUGGACUUCACCAAAAAGAAACUCCAGCAGGAGUUUGAUGACAAGCUGGAGACAGAACAGCAGGGCAAGCGACAAGUUGAGAGAAAGCUGGCUGAUUUGCAGACAGAUAAUGAGGAUCUGCAGCGCUCUUUGCAGCAGCUGAAGAAGAAGUGCCAAAAGCUGACUGCCGAGCUGCAGGACACCAAGCUUCAUCUGGAGGGCCUGCAGAGCCGUAACCACGAUUUGGAGAAAAAACAGAGGAAAUUUGACCUGGAGCAGAGCCAGGCUCAGGAUGAGGUACAAAGAGAAAAGAGCCAGCGGGAGAAACUGGCUCGAGAGAAAGACCUCAUGACCGGUGAGAUAUUUAACCUUCGCCAGCAGCUGCAGGACAAGGACACAGAACUGUGCACCGCCAAUGUGAAAGUUCAGCAACUGGAGGCAGAACUACAGGAUUUGUCCUCCCAGGAGUCCAAGGACGGGGCCUCGCUGGCCAAGUUAAAGAAGCAGCUUCAUGACCUCGAGGCGAAGGUGAAAGAUCAGGAAGAGGAGUUGGAUGAGCAGGCUGGAACGAUCCAAAUGCUGGAACAGGCUAAGCUGAGACUUGAGAUGGAGAUGGAGAGGCAGCGGCAGACCCACUCCAAAGAGAUUGAGAGCAAGGAUGAAGAGGUGGAGGAAAUCAGGCGGUCGUGCAGUAAGAAGCUCAAACAGAUGGAGGUACAGCUGGAGGAAGAGUACGACGACAAACAGAAAGUCUUGCGUGAAAAACGGGAGCUGGAGUCCAAGCUUCUGAUUGCCAAGGACCAGGUUAGCCAAAGGGAUGUGGAGACGGAGAAGAGGCUAAAGAAAGACUUGAAGAGAACAAAAGUCCUUCUGGCUGACGCACAGAUUAUGCUGGACCACCUGAAGAGCAACGCCCCCAGCAGAAGGGAGAUUACCCAGCUCAAAAAUCAACUGGAGGAGUCAGAGUUUACUUGUGCGGCAGCAGUGAAAGCUCGAAAGGGCAUGGAGAUUGAAAUUGAGGAUUUGCAUAUUCAAAUGGAAGAUGUGGUAAAAACCAAGAUGGCGCUGGAGGAGCAGCUCAGCCGUCUGCAGAGGGAGAAGAAUGACCUACAGUCCCGCAUGGAGGAGGAUCAGGAAGACAUGAAUGAACUGAUGAAGAAACACAAAGCAGCAGUUGCACAGUCAGCAAGGGACUUGAGCCAGAUCACUGAUCUGCAGGCCCAGCUGGAGGAAGCCACAAAGGAGAAGCAGGAAAUCCAAGAAAAGCUCCAUUCACUUCAGAGCCAGCUAGAGUUCCAAGAACAGUCCAUGGUGGAGAAGUCACUCGUGAGUCGCCAGGAGGCAAAGAUCCGUGAGCUGGAGACUAAGCUAGAAUAUGAGAAGACUCAAAUCAAGCGUUUGGAGAGUUUAGUGGGCCGUCUGAAGGAGAACCUAGAAAAGGUGACUGAGGAAAAAAACCAACGCAUUACAGCUGAAACCAGGGAGAAGGAGCAGAAUAAGCGCAUGCAAAGGCAGAUGAGAGACAUGAAAGAGGAAAUGGCUGAGCUGUCCAAGAAGGAGGGAGAGGCAAGCCGGAAGAAGCAUGAGCUGGAAAUGGACAUUGAGAGCUUAGAGGCAGCAAAUCAGAGCUUACAAGUGGACCUCAAGCUGGCCUUUAAAAGGAUCGGGGACCUGCAGGCAGCCAUCGAGGAUGAGAUGGAGAGCGAUGACAAUGAGGACUUAAUCAACAGUUUGGAAGACAUGGUGACAAAAUAUCAAAAAAGAAAGAACAAAAUUGGAGAGGGGACAGAAACCGAUUCAGAAGUGGAGGAUCGGGUGGAUGGCAUUAAGACGUGGCUCUCAAAGAACAAAGGCUCCAGCAAGACUCUGUCUGAUGAAGGGAGUCUGAAGAGCACCAGAUAUGCAGCAAAUGCAGAUGCCACAGAGAUGAAAGAAGGUAAGGAGAAGAUGAGUGACAGCACCAAAGAUAAAAAGGAAGUGGAGCAGACCAGAUCAGUGUCUGUCAUGAGUUCCCUUAGCUACAGAAAACGCUCCAACUUAAAGGACUCUAUUGGUGGCACAGGAGACGAGAACUCAUUAUUUAGUACUCUCAAAGAACAGCCAAACAUACCGGAUCACGCUGCCUUGCGUAAAGCAAAGUCAAAGACUGGUGAUCUUCAGGAAGACAGAAGAAAAGCUCAGGCUGAGGAUGAUAUGGAUGACAAGGGCUCUGUGAUCUCUAUGGCCUAUUCUGAAGCCACUAGCAGAGCCAGGAAAGGCUUAGAGUCCCGCUGGACAUCCCGCAGCACCCCAGAGUUUGAUAAUGAGUCCAUGGUGUCGUCAGUAGCUCCAAGCAGACUGUCCACAAGGAGAGGGAUGCUGGACAUGGAUGAUGACAAUAAAUCAACCAUCAGCAGCGUCAGUCGUACAAGCCCCCGAUCUCUACGUCGCAGCAGCUCUUGGAAAGAUGAAAAACGAAGCAGCUCUCGUUUGUCCCUCGCCCGCAGCUGUGGCCUCAGUGAGUUUGGUCUACAUGUAAAUGAUAAUGAUGAUGAUGCUCACAGUGUGGCCUAUGGAGAUGGUAAACAUUCACCUUAUAGUCCCCGUUCCACUAGUCGAAGCUACUCUACGCCGCCUCAGCCACGCUCCUCAGACAGUAAUCUACUUGAAGCGUCUGACAUUAAACCGGUUACACACAGAAACUAUUUGGACCCCGACCUGGAGGCUGCAAUUAAUGAGGUGCUGAGCUUCAAACCCAUUAAGUUCAAACGUAGCAAACUGGAUGAGACUAGUGGUGAUGAGGAGGAGAAGAAGGGCGAGGACAGGAAAAAGAAGGUGGAAGAUGAAGGCGCGUCAAGCUGGUCCAGUUCUUCUCGCAGUCGUAAGGAUAAAAAAAGUAAGGUCUCGUCUUCGGACUCCUCUUCCUCUUCAUCCUCCUCCUCCUCCUCCUCAGACGGUCGUCACAGCAGAAAGAGCACAAAAGGGAGAAAGGACAAGAAGUCCAAGAAGAAGUCUAAGAAAAAGCUAAGUGAGUCAGAAGAUUCCUCUUCAUCAUCAGAGUCUUCCUCUUCCGAUUCAACAGUCUCCUAUCGAAGUUCUAACAGUGUUAAAAGGGGACCAAAACAACAACAUGAUGAAGAGAAGGAGCGUGCUUCUCAUGGACAAGUAGGCGACAAAAAAAAAUCAAAGAAGAAACAGAAGAAGGUGGAUAGCCUGGUGAUGAAGUACCUCUACAGGCCUGACAGUGACUGAUGCCAAUAAGCCCCCCUGUGUACCGGAGACACAUGAGUCUUGGCAGAUCUGAUGAAGAGGAUGAGGCUGACAGAGACUCCAGCAGGCAGUCCCGGAGGCAAAGCAACAGCGAAGGCUUAUUGAUUGAGAGCUUGUCGUAACCCCUCAGUCAGGCAACCUUGUUCUUUCAGCGACACCAAUCACACAGAAGGGACACACUUUGUCACUCCUCACUGUAUUACCACUGCCCAGCAAGCAAGGACAGAGGAGAGAGGCACACAAAGACAAUUUGUUAAUGCUACACUCUGGACUUUUUCAUCAGGCUUAUCAAGGUACCUUUUAUUAGCAUAAGGGAAUUUUCCUUUCCACAGCUGAAUUGUGCCUCUUCACUUAGGGCAACAUACCGAGUUAGUUAAUCAUAGCAAAAUAUAAGUGGAACACUAUCUAAAGAACUUUCUGCUGCUGCUUUAAUUCAUGAGAGCUUCUUUUCAGGCAAAUUUAAGCUCUCUGCACUCUGCUCUGACUGUUCACAUUGCUCUGCCAAGAGGAUUUAGAUAAGCUGCUCCAACUGGACUCCUUCAAGAAGGUCUGACCAACUAUUAAGAUUAUUCUUAUCUCCUUUCCAUUCAUGUGGACUGGCACAGUGGGAGAAAUUAGCCAGUUUUCAAUUAGUUAUCUUGCUGUACGUUUACACAGGGCUCAUGUUCCAAAUUAAGAUAUCUUGGUAUGAACAAAUUGAUGCUGUGAGAUGAUAUGAAAGUAAAAUAAUUUGUGAAAAUAAACUUCUGUUGGUACAAAGCUGUUAGAUGGUUAAAUGAGAUCUUUUCUUCCAAAAAGUAUUUAUUUUAUCUUUAUACAUUUAAUAUUGCAUCUGGAAUUCAAUACUUUGAUCUAUAUUUAAAUGAAGACUUUUUUUUUAAAAGCUUGUGAAAGAGUGACUGUUAUGAUAAAUUUUGCUAUAUUUAUGUUUUUCCCUUUGCACCAAGUGGGGUUACACUAAAAUACUUCACAUUUUGCUCUCUAAUGGGAUACCUCUUGAAGUUCAGCAGGAAUGUGUUUUUCGGUCAUAUAUUAGCUUUGCAUCAGUUGUGUAGUGAUGGUAUACACAAAAUAAUACAGUAUUUUUAAGAGCUCUAGGUUGCAGGUUUAAUCUGUGUCCCCGAAAUAUCUGCUUUAAUGCCUCAAAUUUAGGUUAAGUAAUGUUUAAAUGUCAUUGGUUCCAGCGGUAAAAUACUUAUACAUUACUUUUUUAGGGCAUUAUUCCUUCAGUGUGCCAAAAAUCUCUAUUUGUAGAUUGUGUUUUAAAUAAGUGGUUCAGUGAGAUCGAUAAAAGUAUUUAGAUUAAACAUCCAGGUUCUAUUUUCACAAUGCAGAGUUCACCCACUGCAUACAAAAUGCUGGCAGGUGGAGUUAAGCAUAGCAAAUCACUACAAUGGCAUUUACUCCUCGGUGUUCCAGUUAAUCUUUCCUUUCAUGUGGGUGCACCAGUGAUAGAUUCCACUUAAGAGUGAUGUUUCCUGCAAUCGGUGACCUCUCCUUGCAGAAUAAUGCAGCCAUCCUUUUUCACAGAAACUACCCUGGAAAUAAACUAGGCAUGGGUUGGUACUGGAUGAGAUUCUCUGGAGUAAAAUACCUCAGUUUUGCUGUGAUUCCACUAAGAUUAAAAGCAAACAUCUAAUAGAAAGGUAGCAAUUAUUUAUACCGCAGCUAAAAUGAUGUAUACAGGUAAAAUAAAGAUAAUUGUAUCAUUUUUUUAUUUGAAAUUGAGACACAGACUUAAGCAAAGAUACACUAAUAUUACUACAACACUAUAAAUGUGUUUUUUUCUGUUUAUCAUAUAAGACAAGUUUGACAAGUUAAUAAGAAACUGGUCUAUUUAGUAGGGCUAUCUGCACUGGCACUAAACCUGCUGACAGCUAAUCAGCAGCCAUGUUGUUUCGGCUUCCGAGCUAAACAACAUUGGUUGUUUGAAAUUAUAUCCUUUCUUUAUAUCCCUCAUUCCUUCUUAGGAAUGAGGGAUGGUGUCCCAUUAGGUUCAAUACAAUAGUUCUCUGUGCUUUUCGAGAAAGGAUAUAAUUUCAAACAGCCAAAGUGGUCUUUCUUAAUAACAAGAGAAAAGUUUAGGGGCCUUUUAGCAGCCAGUUUACCAGUAGUGGGCAGAAACAAGUAGGGGAGGGGCAGCUCUGUUACACUCUGCAUCACUCCAGUCAUC